AUGUCAGACAUAGUGGUGCACUAUUUCGACCUAUACGGAAGAGCAGAAGUAAUUAGAAUCCUCCUUCACUAUGUUGGUGUUCCUUUUACAGACCACAGAGUCCAAUUUUCUGAAUGGCCAGAGGUUAAAGUUUCAGGGCUCGCUGAAUUUGGCCAAUUGCCAGUAGUCGAUAUUGAUGGUCUCCGAUUAGCUCAAACUCGCUCAAUUGUCAGGUAUUUGUGCCAAAAAUACAAUUUGUAUACUUCAAAUCCUCAAGAUAUAUAUUGGAUAGAGUCUCUCUGUGAUUUAAUAGACGAUAUGCAAAUGUAUAUCGCGAAUUUUUUCUGGACUAAAGAUGAAGAAGGCCUCAAAAAAACGUUUUCUGAUAAGAUUCCUGAUUGGCUGCAAAAAAUUGAAGCUAGAUUAGAAAGAAAUAACGCUGGGCAAGGGUUUUUUGUAGGAGAUCACCCUACAAAUGCAGAUUUUUUUGUGUUCAGCUUUUUGUAUAACUAUAUUCUUGUAGAGUAUACUUUAGUAUGGCGAGACGACCUACCUACAGACCUCUUGGCACAAUUUUCUCAAUACCUGCACUAAACGUCCAGGUAGAAAAUCAAGCUGUGAUAAAGAUUCAGUAUCUUUAUUGUAUAUCGGGCUACAGGUUUUACUCAUGCCUCAGGGUGAUAAAAACUGAAACAUGGGGCACGAUCAGCAGCAUUCCUAGAGAGGAGAGCGGAGUAGGCUCCUCAGAUAGCAUUUGCCUAGAGUAAUAACGAGGAUUUCGUCCCGAGUGGGUUUAACCCUAGGGACAUCGGAGCCAGAUUUGUUCGAAUCGCUCGCCUUGGCGAAGGGAAGGGUGUCUGGUGGAGUCUAUAUGGGACGAUGAGUAUAUAGAAAUUCUCGCCUUGAGAGCAUUUUUAUUAAUUAAUUAAUAUUCUAGUAGAGAGCCCAGACAUUUUUGACUUAAAUGCUCCAAAAGUAAAGCAAUGGAUGACAAGAUUAAUUGAGUCGUCUCAGUCUUUAAAAACCUACCUUGAAACUCGUGUCCCAAGUAGUUAUUAUUACAAAGGCUAA